ACUGAGUUUAAACUCAGAUUAACGUUGGAGAAAACGGGCAUCAGCGUUUCAGUGUAUAAUGGCCGUUUUCUCCGACGUGAUUUAAAAACUCAGUUCAAUUUUUUUCAUAUUGGGAUCUGACCUAUGCGCCAUUUGCGCCAUUUUUAGCUUGGCAUGUCAGAUCCCAAUAGUUUCGACUUAGAAGUAGAAUGAACCGAGUUUAAAAUUAAAUUAAAAAAUAACGAAUCAGGGGCUUACUUAACAGAGGUCUCGCACGACCAUUGAACGCAAGUUCGCAGCAGUGCUCUCAGGACCGUGUCUCAGGACAACACAUGAAAUGCAUGGAAGGAGGAGAUUAGCCGAAUUGAGAGAGAAGUAGUAAAAAUAUAAAAAGUCUUCACGUGUUUUGCUGCCGGUAUAUACGUUAGUUCAUAAAGUUAUUUGGUUAACAUAACCUUUAAUUGAAACGCCGAAUGACCCGAAUGGAAAUUCUAAAGUGAAAAUCCUACGUUAUGUGAUUUUCAAAUUAUUAUAUUUAGUUUAAAAUUACAACAAUAACUUUCACAAUCAAAACCGACAAUGUUUACUGUGUGUUUGAACGCUUCAUUGCGUUCGAACAAACUUGGAGCGAGACCGUGCAUCCUGCUCAGUACGAACAUUCGACGUACUUUUUGUUGUUUAGUCCAACUAAAAACGCAUAACAAUGGAAGAAUAAUUUGCACAUAUGAUCGUAAUGGUUAUCGAUAUUUAAACCAUAAUUUCACAAACUCAAAUUACGUAAGAAAACUUUUAAACGUUGAACUAAGUUCGAACUGUCAAAUAGUGCGGAAUUAUGCGAGUGAAAAUGUGAUCAAGAAAGAAGAUGUCUUCGGCGUCCUGGGUGAUCGGAAAUUUGAAAAAAUCGAGAUGGACGAAGAUGAAAAAAAGGAAGAAGAAUUUGUUGAAAAUGAAGCACGGAUACCGCGACGUUUGAAACCUUCACCAGGCGGUUAUGCCAAUCUCAUCAAAUCUCAUAUUCAAAAUAAAAAUUUGACAGCCGCAAUGGAAGUGUUGGAUUUGAUUAAGCUGAACCGUGACAAACCCAAUGUAUACAUGUACAAUUUAUUGCUCCGAGCAUUUGCUGUUGCAGGAGAUUUCAAAAAAUGUCGAUCACUUUAUGCUCUAAUGAAAAAACGUGGCUUGGCAUGUAAUGGGGCAACUUAUACAAGUAUUUUAAACGUAUGUGCCAAUUAUCCGCACAAGGAAGUUGCUCUUGAUUAUCUCGAGGGUUUAAGACAAGAAUUUGCAAAAAAAAACAUUGUCUUAAAUGAAACUCACUACAAUACUAUGAUAAAGGCCUAUGGCCGUCAUGGCGCUAUCCUGGAAGCUUUUAGCUUAGCUGAUGAAAUGAGAGAUAAACGCCUGUCCACCAAUGAAAUUACUUUCAAUUCUCUUCUUAUCGGAACAAUUUCUAAUCGUGAAGCUGGCCUUAGACAUGCUUUGGUUAUUUGGCAUCUUUUACGAAGACACGGGAUCAAACCCUCAAUAACCACUUACAAUUUGUUCUUAAGAGCUAUCAGAGAUACGAAGCUAGGAGAACUAAGAAUCAAUGACUUUCUCAUAGAAGCACCACCCCAUACUCAAAUAUAUUUGAACAAUGAAAAAAAACCAGAUUUGUUGGCUCAACCUCCAGUUGUUAACAGUCUCCUUUUCACUGAAAUUGCACUCAAAGAAGAUGCAGAAACGAUUCAGCCCAAAAAAGCUAUUUUAGAAAUUGAAACUUCAAAGAAAAAGAAAGAUGUAAGCAAAAGUGAAACAGACACAAACUUACCAUCCGAAAUUGAUUCUAUUUGCAACGAAAAGUCUCUCAUUGAUCAACAAUCUAUCAUAAAAAAUACUCCGCUAGAAGCAAUUCGUAUGAAAAAUCGUUUGAUACUCUUUGGUGGUGUAGCAGGGAUUCUUCAACACAUGGAAAAAGAUGGAGUUAUUCCUGACACCAAGUCCAUGACUCUUCUCAUGGAACUCACUCCUGCCUCUAACGAAUGUGAACGCAGCAUCCUUCAAGUUGCCAAAGCUAAAAAGAUACCUUUGGAUAUUGAUUUUUUCAAUAUGCUUAUGAAAAAGAGGAGUCUUCGAAGAGAUUAUAAGGGAGCCAAGGAAAUCCUCGAUGACAUUCAACGCAAUGGACUGUUUCCUGAUAUUAUAACUUGGGGAAUUCUUGCUCUUGGUUGUCACACUCUGGCAGAUGCUCAGCAACUAAUGGAUGGUAUGGAAGUAACCGGACACAGAUUGAACGAAAUAAUAGCUGGAACCUUAAUCAAUAACGCUUGUCGAAAGAUGCGAUUCGCCUACGUCCUUGGAAUUAUGAAUUCCAUGUCUCACUUACGCAUACAACCUAAUUAUGAAUUGUAUUGCACCCUUGAUGCAUUUGAGAAAGAAGUGAAAGAAAUGAUGAGAAGUAGGAAAUCCACACGAACAACCAAUCAUCCGGCAUUCAAAGCGGGCGCAGUGAAUUUCCAAUUGGCAUACAAAAAAUGGCGAGCAGAGAUGAAGCAGCGUGAUGAAAUUAAAAAACAAGAAAAAAGAGAAAAAAUCGCAGAAAAAAAAGCUAAACGCAAUUGAAACAAUACUGUUUAUAUGUAAAUAAAAAUAUUUUUAACAAAAAUACACAAAAAGAAUAAUGACAAUCAA